AAAUCUAUCAACACAUACAGAUCUCAAGCACUACUCCCCCUACCAACCUCUCUCUCGUACAAAAGAUCCAAGCCUACUCUUUCGACAUAUCCUAAUUCCUUCUUCCAAUCCGGAGAAGAAAGCCCGAUGACUCACUCCUCUGCUUCCACUUCUAGAAACCCAUGAAACUGAUCAAACCCCUACAUACAACUCACUUGAUCGAUCUUACCAUUUUAAGUCUCUCCAUAUAUACAUAAAUAUAUAUAGAUAUAGAUAUACGGAUAUUUAUUUUGUUAAUUUUCUGUAUUAGAGAAUUAGUACGCUGAGGGAAUCAAACCAUGAGAGCCGGUGGCUACACCGUGCAGCAGGCUCUAACGGCCGAGGCGGCGGGCGUGGUGAAACAAGCCGUGACUCUUGCUCGACGGCGAGGCCAUGCCCAGGUAACCCCCCUCCAUGUAGCCCACACCAUGCUCAGCGCAUCCACCGGCCUAUUCCGAACCGCUUGUCUUCAAUCCAACUCUCACCCCCUCCAGUGCAGGGCCCUCGAGCUCUGCUUCAACGUCUCCCUCAACCGUCUCCCUGCGUGUUCCUCCAGCCCCGUGUUGGGCCCUCAUCAUUCCCAACACCCUUCCAUCUCCAACGCCCUCGUCGCUGCCUUCAAACGCGCGCAGGCCCACCAACGGCGCGGCUCCGUCGAGAAUCAGCAGCAGCCUCUCUUGGCCGUGAAAAUAGAGCUAGACCAGCUGAUAAUCUCUAUACUGGAUGACCCAAGUGUGAGUAGGGUCAUGAGGGAAGCUGGGUUCUCUAGUACCCAAGUGAAAAGCAACGUAGAGCAAGCUAUUUCGUUGGAAGUCUGUUCCCAAACACCUCCGGCGAGCAUCAGUAAGUCGAAAGAAAGUAACCUUCUAGUGUUGUCCAAGGAAAUUGGAGUUAAGGGAGAAAAGUCAAUAAGGAAUGAGGAUGUGGCGAGUGUCAUGGAGAAUUUGAUGAACAAAAGAAGAAGAAGCACUGUAAUUGUGGGAGAGUGUGUUAGUUCCAUUGAGGGUGUGGUUAGGGCAGUGAUGGAGAAGUUUGACAAGGGGGAUGUGCCUGAAGCCUUAAGGGAUGUGAAGUUUGUAAGCCUGCCUUUGUUCUCUAUUGGGCAUUUCUCAAGGGAAGAGGUGGAACAGAAGCUUGGGGAGCUCAGGUGCCUUGUGAAGAGCUGUGCUGUCGGGAGUGGGGCGGUGUUGUAUUUGGGAGAUCUUAAAUGGGCCACGGAGUUCGGGGCUAUAUCCGGCCGCGAAGUAGGGGGGAACUACUACCCUCCGGCGCAGGACUUGAUCGUCGAGCUCGGAAAAUUGGUUUGUGGAAUUGGGGAGAGUGGAAGGUUUUGGCUGAUGGGAAUUGCAACUUUUCAAACUUAUAUGAGAUGUAGAAGUGGCCAUCCUUCUCUGGAAACUCUUUGGGCUCUUCAUGCUCUCACUAUUCCUGCUGGCAGCUUGGGCUUGAGCCUCAUCCCUGAUAGUGACUCACAAAGCCAGUCUAGAAACCACAAAGAUGGAGAUGGGUCUACAUGGCUUCUGCUUGACGGUGGAGAGGACAAGCAAGUCACUUGCUGCAGCAAUUGCUCGCCAAAUUUUGAGACCCAAGCUCGAAGCUUACAAAGCAACAGCACUUGUAAUAGCGACUCCAACACUUCAAGCCUUCCAGCAUGGCUUCAAAAGUACAAGGAUGAGAACAAAAAACUAAUUGCCAGCAGCAAUGAUCAGAACUGUGUCCCAGCGACGGAUCUAUGCAAAAAAUGGAACUCAAUUUGCACUUCAGUCCAAAGACAACCCAACUCAUCUGAGAGAACCAUAACACUCUCUUCUGCAUCACCUUCUUCCUCCACUUCUGGUUUCUCAUACGACCAGCAAUACCCUAUUUGGCACCAAACCCACCAAGUCUGGCCAAUGGUUAACGAACACUAUCAGCAGUCGUGGAGGAAAAAACACUUCUGGAACAUUUCUGAAGCAGCUAAUAGCAAGGCCUACGAACCCACUUUGAGAAUGUACAUUCCUGAGCACAGGGAUCCCAAACAAGCCUUAUCCUCAAACCCUAACUCCACCCCCAAUUCAGCUUCUUCCAGCGACGUCAUCAUGGAGACGGAAUGCGCUUACAGGUUCAAGGAGCUCAAUGCUGAGAAUCUGAAAACCCUAUGCAACGCCCUGGAGAAAAAGGUCCCGUGGCAGAAAGAUAUACUACCCGAAAUUGCGAGCACGAUCUUGAAAUGCCGGUCAGGGAUAGUUCGGAGAAAAGGGAAGGCAAAAAAUGGCGAGGCCAAAGAAGAAACUUGGUUGUUCUUUCAAGGGUUUGACAUGGAAGCCAAGGAAAGGAUUGCUAGAGAAUUGGCUAGACUUGUUUUUGGAUCGCAGAUCGACUUUGUCUCGAUUACCCUCAGCAGCUUCUCAUCGACAAGAGCGGAUUCUACCGAAGAUUUGAGGAACAAAAGAGCACGAGAGGAACAAAGUUGCAGCUACUUGGAGAGAUUCGCAGAGGCAGUUGCGAGUAACCCACACCGGGUCUUCUUAGUUGAAGACGUCGAGCAAGCAGACUACUGCUCGCAAAUGGGUUUCAAAAGAGCAGCUGAAAGAGGAAGAAUAACAAACUCGAAUGGCGAUGAAAUCUGGCUGAGGGAUGCCAUUAUCAUUUUGAGCUGCGAAAGCUUCAGCUCGAGGUCUAGAGCAUGCUCUCCCCCCAUCAGGCAGAAAUCUGGCGGCUCUCAUGAAGAGGAAAAAGAUGAUCAUGAGACAAGCCCUUGUGUGUCCCUGGAUUUGAAUAUCUCAAUUGGUGAUCAUGAUACUAUGGAGGAUCAUUCAAUCGACGAUAUCGGGCUCCUUGAAUCCGUGGACAAACGGAUUAUUUUCAAAACUCAGGUGUUAUGAAAGGAGAAAAAAAUCAGUUAGUUUGCCUCUCAUUUGGGAUUCUCUUCGUUUAGGUUGUCCUCAGAUUCUCAAACACGAGAUGAAGAAAGAGGCUGCAGCCACUCCAUGUAAACCUCAUACGUGUAUAUUUUUAUCCAUUAUCUGUCUGAUAGGUUGAUAACUUUCGGUCACUCCACACUUUUUCUCUCUUUUUUUCGUUGGAAUUUCUUGCUUAUGACGUGAGAGAUUCAAUAUAUAGAAAUUUAUUUAUUU